AUGCGUUCUGACAAGACUCUUCGCUUGUUCGUCAAGGUGCACAUCGUUCCCAACCCGCUACUUAAAGCCGCACUUCGCGAUAGCUCUCAAGCGGCGGUAACCGGCCUCUGCUCCCGCGUGCCGGAACUUGAACCCCUGGCCAGGGCGACGACUCCCUUUAACUCGAUCUGCGUUCAGAGCUUGGCCGCCCGGCAUCACAGCUCCAAGAAGUUGCAAGUUUGUUCAAGUUCUGGUAAACGGAGAGUAAUUGUGAUGGACAGUGACAAGCCAACCGCGCUUUCUCAGCCUGGCAAGAGCCAUACUGAUGGAUCGGACCGGGUAUCUGCGUUGGCCCUUGAUCCUGAACUGGCAAUCGUGUCGGAGAUUCCUCCACCACAAAACUCGCGGGUUUCACUUUUUGACAACCGGCAAGGCUGGUAUCGGAAACCCACACUCAACACCAAAUGCUACACGAGGGGCCUAGACUCUGAGGAAGGAAUUGCCAUUGCGAAGGAAGCCGAUCUCGAAUCGGCUCUGUGCAUCGUAUCUCGCUGCUUGCUCACAGAAUUUGACACCUAUGCCAUGCCGUCGAUGCAGAUGCCGUCUCAUUCCCGCGCCGAAAUUCUAGGCCCGCCUAUCCCCGGUGACACCCGGGCGAGGAAAUAUGGUUGUCUCACAUUUCCCAACGACAACGACUUUCAUUCCAGACUCCAAGUUUUCCAUGCCACGCACGUCACUGCGUGCUCGCCACGCUACAGCGUUUUCGAGAGCCUGAAUGUUUUCACCUAUCGCGUGCUUACUUACCUAUCCCUGUUGGCAGAAGAAGUCUCGACCACUUCAAUCUUCAAUUUUCUGUCGACAUUGAAUGCGUUCACGGUGCCUCGCCAGCUUGGUAAUCUGAUUAACCAGCCUGAUACGACUGAACGUUCGAUGAUGGGCCUGGGCCCCAGUUGUGCAUGUCCGGAAAAAGAAAAGAAAAUAAGGAGAAGGAUCGUCCCCGACGAUCAUCGCCCAACCGUCCUAUGGCAUCAUCAGUUUCAAUUACCUCCGAACCAGUGCGAUAUCAUGAAUACCCAUAGCAUUUGCCUGCUAUUUCCGGAUCGCCAUGUGGCUGCUCUACAUUUGAAAAGUCUAGGCAAUCUCGAUGAGCGAGUGUGCCAUCAUCCAGACGUCUUUUCUGACUACUGGCAGGCAGUUAUAGCCACGGGGCGUAUGUACCGGGCCGAUGCUGAAAAAUACCCAUCGAUUCCAUGGAAUAGCUCUGAUGGCACGAUGGAUUACAGUCGGGGGCCACGCUGCAACAUAGGAAUUCUCCGCGCAGUCAAGUCGAGUGACGUCUUAGUUGAAGUGGCGAUUUCUCGCUUCUGGGUCAACCUUUUUUUCCACCGGGAACCGCAUUACAAUCAAGGUGGGAAGGUCCUCGUGGCAUUGCGCUCCACGAAACGGCAGCAAGGGCCGGCCCGCGGCUACCCUGGCGAAUUUCCCAGAUAUGAUGUGAUGGUCCUGUGGUACCGGCCUGUCGUGGCUGUUACAGUCCAUGAUUGCUUGGACCGCGAUCACGGGGGUUAUUGCUCUAGCCCGACGACGGCAUUCGUGCUACAUGAGAGCAUGCAGGUGCUCCAAGCAAAGGUCUUCGCCGUUGUGCCAUACUACAUCAAUGGCUCAUCCUUUUAUCAACGCACAGUUGAUAGACCCGUAAGAAGUGGUGCCUCAACCGUAAGCAUAUCUCGAAGCAGUAUGGUGUUUGAACAGUUGCGCAUUGAGAAGGUGGAACCGUAG